AUCACAUAUACUAAUAAUGGUCAAACAGCGCCACGAUAUUAAACAAGAGUGUUAUAGAGUGAAGCUCGUCAGUCGAACGUGAUCGUUCCAGAGGAAAGAGUAUAGUUGACGGAACAUAUAAUUUUACCGAAUUAAAGAAAUGGAGCUAGAAAUUGUAACCGCCAAAUCAUCGAAAUCUAUUACUACUAUAAGUGUAAAUCCAAACACUACGAUAGCUGCCAUUAAACAACAAUUAUAUGAACUAAAGAAGGCACCUUAUGUACAAAGACAAAGUUUAAGAUUAGAUGCAAAAGGAAAAGCUCUAGCAGAUUCAGAAACUGUAAAAUCUUUAUCUUUGCGACUUGGUGCUAAACUAUAUUACAAAGACUUGGGUCCACAAAUUGGAUGGAAAACUGUGUUUUUAGUGGAAUAUGCAGGACCUCUAAUAGUAUACCUUUGGUUAUAUCAACGUCCUUGGUUAUUCUAUGGUGAUAUUGAAAAUACAAAAGUACAUUAUGUAGUUAACGUUGCUGCUGUUUGCUGGACCAUACACUAUGCCAAGCGUUUAUUAGAAACAUUAUUUAUACAUCGUUUUAGUCAUGCUACUAUGCCUUUACGUAAUCUCUUCAAAAAUUGUUCGUAUUAUUGGUUAUUUGCAAUGUAUGUGGCAUAUCAUAUCAAUCACCCAUUGUAUACACCAUCAACUCGUGUAAAUUUUUAUAUCGGUUUAGCCAUGUUUGCUUUCUGCGAACUGGGUAACUUUUUCAUUCAUAAAGCAUUAAGAAACCUUAGGCCACCAGGAACUACAAUUAGAAAGAUUCCUAUAGCUACAGGAAAUCCAUGGACAGUACUAUUUAAUUUUGUCUCCUGUCCAAAUUAUACAUAUGAAAUUGGCAGUUGGAUUGGUUUUACCAUUAUGACUUCAUGUCUUCCAGCUGGACUAUUUACCUUGGCUGGUGCUUACCAAAUGACUAUGUGGGCAUUAGGAAAACAUAGAGCAUACAAGAAAGAAUUUCCUCAAUAUCCCAAAACGCGUAAAGCUAUUUUCCCACUUAUGCUUUAAUAUAUUUGAAUGGGCAAACUACAUUCCAAAUACUUUUAAUAGGGUACUUCUAAUAAAUUUGUCAAUGAUAUAGGUAAUAAUGUAUAAAUGUAUUUCUUUUACCAUUGAUAUCUUAUUUGUUAAAUAAACACUUCUUGCUUUA